AUGGAUACAUCAACCGCUGCCGCAGUUGCGGCCCUGGUGGUUGCCAUCGUGGCCAUGUUCGUCGCCAUUAUGCAGGCCCUGCAGCAGUAUUUUGUGAGCGGGCAGCUUAUUCGCCUAUGCGAUUCUGUUGUGUUUGGAAAAAUGCCAGGGCGCGGGCAACGGGUCUGGCAACUAAGGCAAUUCAGGUUCCGCAUUGUUUAUAAUGUUCCUCAGGUCAGCUUGAAAAGAGAUUUAUGGCCGGAAACACUUCCUCACAUCCCCUCGUAUGCGAAGGGGUCCGGGUCUCUACCAGAUCUUGGUCUAAUGGGAGUCGAAGAUAAUGGAGCACAGAGCUCCAAAAACGAACAUUCAUCCUUUGCUCCCGGAGAGGCAUCGUGGGUCUCUUUCUGCCGGGCAGUCCAGUUUUCAUCCGGGCAGUCAAUGGUUCUUGAUCUGAUUCAAGGGGAUGCAGAUAGAUGCCCAGUUGACCUGCCAAAUGUCCCAAUGCAAAUGUCAAUGCGGGAUGUUGCUGUGAUGGGGCUAAUGUCGGGUAUGAAGUGCACACAAGCAUCUUUCGCGGAGAAAUCACUCUCGAUGCAAGGUUUAAUUGGCACUAUAACUACCUCGCAACACCCGCUUCUUGGACCUUUGCUUCAUUUCAGUCCACGCAACUUUUCUGCCUCGGAAAUGAAAGAUCUACGGGUUGGCAAUGGUGCUAUUGAUCCUCGUUGGAUGGCUCACUUGUGGGACGAAGUCGUGGUUGCUGGACAUCGAUACACACGGCAAGACAGAAUCCGGAUUGAAAGAGAUGAGGCCACAUGGACUCAAAGGCCGAGAGGACGUGCAGUGAUAUUGGCUAAUCGAAAUCGAUCACCUCCCCCUGAGUCUAUCUAUGGGUUGCGCCGUCGAGCUAGUGUCGCUUCCUCUACAUUUUCAAGCAGGUCCAGAUACACCGAUCGGCCAAAGUCAACUCGGAAAUCAAAGGAUUUUGUUAGAUCUACUUCUCCUCCCAAACAUCAGACACUUUGGACACGCUCAGAUGGAGACUGGUAUCUCAUCAAUAACCAAACAGCUUCGAGCCAUCUUCGGCCUACACUGUGCCAGGAUAUGGCUCAUCAAGAGAAGCCCAGCGAGUUCGAUAAACAGGAAGGAAUUAUAAAUAAAAUUAGAAUGUGGUCAAAAAUAUGGAAUUACAUUUUUCGAGAUGAUAACGUUCAUCAAUAUGGGGGUGGAACUGAUCCAUUUACCGUCGAAAUCGAACGAGGCGAGGUAAAAAUCAAACGAAUGGACCUCACCCAGAGCGAAAACAUGAUAUUGAGAGACGUGCAUCAAUUUCCUGCUCCCCCAUACCAGCCAUUGAGUUUUCAAGAUAGAGGCGCAGAUCUCCAACCUAGAUGGUUCAUAAAAGACUAUAUUGAUCAGAAGCGGGAAGAGAUUCAUGGCAAAGACACUCUGCACAAAAAUCGCUCAAAUGCCCCGCUUUUGAUUGGAUGGUACGACGACGAAGACCACGAGAUUCCAGAGCUAGGCGAAGCGAAGGAAAGUAUUGCGAAAGCCGUCUUGGAGAUGUGGCCGCGCUCACAAUAUGAUGGCGCGAGUUGGUUCAACAGAGACAAUUUGACCGUGAAAGUCGAUCCAGAUCGCGAAAUCCAUCACAAGCACGAUCUUCUGUCAGCGGAGUCAUGCCUAGAUCAAUCGAUAGAUUUCGCCGUGUUAAUGUCUCUAGGCAUCGCAGCUCUGUCAGUCGCCAAAGUCAAGAUUCGCGCUCAACGAGUCGCUCAUUCAGAAGACCAGGGUUGGAUAUAG